UCUCACAACGCAACGUUCGGAUUAGUUCGAGAUACGGAUUGAAGAUGGCACGUACCAAGCAAACUGCUCGUAAAUCUACCGGAGGUAAGGCACCGAGGAAGCAACUUGCAACUAAGGCAGCUCGAAAAAGUGCUCCCGCCACCGGUGGAGUCAAGAAACCUCACAGAUAUCGUCCCGGCACAGUAGCUCUUCGUGAAAUUCGUCGUUACCAGAAGAGCACGGAACUUCUGAUCCGAAAAUUACCAUUCCAACGGCUUGUCCGUGAAAUUGCCCAGGAUUUCAAGACGGAUCUUAGAUUCCAAAGCUCCGCCGUGAUGGCUCUUCAAGAAGCUAGCGAGGCCUACCUCGUCGGAUUAUUCGAAGAUACGAACUUGUGUGCCAUCCACGCUAAGCGCGUCACUAUUAUGCCCAAGGACAUCCAACUGGCUCGCCGUAUUAGAGGCGAACGUGCUUAAACCACAUC